GUUUCACUGUGGCAAGGCGAUGGCGUAUUUCACAACUUGGACUUGGAUUUGGAAGUGCUGGAGCAGGAACUCAAUCUGCCAUUCAGCUUCGUUUCCGGACAUAUCAAUGAACUACUCAUCCAUGUACCUUGGACAAGAAUCGCAUCGGAGCCUGUGCAGAUAACAAUUAACACAAUAGAAUGUGUAAUGAAAUUGUGCCCCCCUGGAGGUCGCCCACCUCCUCCUCCAGAACGACUUAGAAGGCAACAGUCACAACCGCCUGACGAGCAAACGCCUCAAUCGCAAAGCUAUAGGUCAAGUCUUGUUAACAAAUUGAUAUGCAAUCUGUCAAUCACUUGUAACAAUUUUAUUCUUAAAUAUGUUGAAGAGGACAUUGUACUCUCAAUGAACAUCAAGAAUUUGAGUCUCAGUUCUGUUAAUGAGAAGUGGGAACCAGAAAUAACAGGAACCACUCUUAUAUCGUUGCUUCUUGACAAUCCGACUGAGCAGACUGUAUGCUUCGCCGACUGCAAGCAAAGCCAUGUCAACUCGGAUGGACGUCUUCUGUGA